UGCACCGCAGCUGGUCCGUGUCCCCCGGUGCAGGCAGCGGCUGCAUAGAUGGUAUGGCGCCGACUGUUGACGUUGGCCGUUCAGCGGAUGGUACCAGCCGUAACCAGGCGGCUUCGUGAGAACCGACAAGAGCAAGACCUGCUCAACCCCGAGGGAGCUUGAGAGAGAGCCAGGAGCGUUUCAGACCAAGACCACGCGUAACGUCGUGCGAGGCUCACGGCCCAAGAGCUCAAAGGUGAACCCGAUAGACAUGCCUUCAUGCAUAUACGGUCCUCAAGGCAAUGCUGUGGAACAGCCCUGCCCAGAACCCAUCGACAGCCGCAAGGCGCAAGCCACCAGCGGCAAGCAUGCCUGACAGGUGGUCCAUUCUGUGUCCCCCCAAGGCGCUGCUGUGCUUCAGUAGGGCUUAUUUUGGUGCUGCAACGAGGUAAGGGCUGCAAGAUCUGUCAACCGAGGCGGUUCUUGACCUGCUUCUCCUGGCUGCCAUUGCUGCCACGAUCGCCGUGCGUCUUCGGAAGUGUCAUUGGUGGGCGCCAGGCUCCUCAUGCACAAUCAUGUAAGGAGGGUGGUGACUGCGGUGAGGUUGGCUGCCCCCCAAGCGAGUUGCAACUCAGAAAACGUGUCCGCCAGAACCACCCACUUUUGAACUGGCGGUGUAGGAUCGCACCAGCCAGCAAUGGCAGCCCGAGCUUUACGUGGAUCGUGUCGGGACUUGUUGAGCGGGCAAGACACGCCGGCGCCAUUAAAAUCAUACAGACAGACACUGUUUGUCAAGCGACACAAAGACAUCCUGCGUCCCGUGCCGUGAAGCCUUGUUGGUCGGUACUUCUGGUGCGGGCUAAGGAGCUUCCUAUGCCUUUUAGGACGCGGGAACCAGCUUCACGCAUGCGUACGUUGCGCCGGACAGCUGCGCGGCCCGCUACACCGCUGCAUCAGCACGCCUUCUGCCUGGUUAUCGUGCUCAGCUGUUACCAAGAUCUGCAAGGUGGUGCCCGCGCAGGACGGGUCAGUGAACCAACCAGAAUGAUGGGCCGGCGAUGAUGAUUAUUGUACGGUAUACAGGUAGUGCCAUGUGCAACUGUGGCUUCAGCAUGACCUUCCUCUCAUUACGGGACGAAGAACUCUUGUGACGCUUUUGCGGCAUGGCA